UGUUUUCCAAGAUGGCGACUCCGGUGUAUACACCGUUUGUGUUCCUCCUGUUAUUAUUUCAAAGCGGCGUUUGGGGCUUUCCCGUCCGUCAAACACCCCAAGAAAGUCCGACAUGUGGAUACAAGUCAUGUCAUGCUACCAAGCCUGGGAUGUUGAACGUGCAUCUGGUGCCCCACACCCACGACGACGUCGGCUGGCUCAAGACCGUGGACCAAUACUUUUAUGGCGACCGUAAUGACAUCCAGCACGCGGGGGUGCAGUACAUUCUGGACUCUGUGGUGGACCAGCUGCUGAAGAACCCUGACAGACGCUUCAUCUACGUAGAGACAGCCUUCUUCUACCGCUGGUGGAAACAACAGACUGAUGACAUGCAGAACACUGUCAAACAGCUAGUCAAUGAGGGGCGGUUGGAGUUUGUGAACGGUGGCUGGUGUAUGAGUGACGAGGCCACCACCCACUACAGUGCAGUCAUAGACCAGAUGACUAUGGGCCUGCGGUUCCUCAACGAUACGUUCGGACACUGCGGUCGCCCCCGCGUCGCCUGGCACAUCGACCCCUUCGGACACGCCCGCGAGCACGCCUCCAUGUUCGCACAGAUGGGUUAUGACGGCUUCUUCUUUGGUCGUCUGGACUACCAGGAUCGUAGCAGGAGGAUGGUAGCCAGGGAACAGGAGAUGUUGUGGAGGGCCAGCGAGAGCCUCACCCCCCCUAUGGCUGACCUCUUCACGGGUAUCCUCCCUAACGGGUACAACCCUCCGGAGGGAUUCUGUUGGGACCAGUCAUGUGACGAUCCACCAAUCAGAGACAACCCUGAUCUGGAGGACUAUAAUGUUGACGAUGUGGUGACCAGGUUCCUCCGCAUCGCACAGGCACAGGCAUUGGUGUAUAAAACCAACCACAUCAUAAUGACUAUGGGGUCAGACUUCCAGUAUGAGAACGCCAACCUGUGGUACAAGAACCUGGACAAGCUCAUUCGCUACGUCAACCAGAAGCAGAGUAAUGGCUCUGAAGUCAACGUUCUCUACUCUACACCCUCCUGUUACCUACAGGAGCUACACAGGGCUAACCUCACAUGGCCUCUAAAAGGGGAUGAUUUCUUCCCCUAUGCUGACUCCGCUCAUGACUUCUGGACAGGAUAUUUCACCAGCCGUCCAGCCCUGAAACGCUAUGAGAGGAUCAGCAACAGCUACCUGCAGACGUGUAAUCAGCUGGAGGUCCUUGGUGGUCCCAUCUCAAGGAAAGGUCCCUUUGGAGCUGGAGACAGUGACACCCUGAAAAAGGCCAUGGCAGUGGCUCAGCAUCACGACGCCGUAUCCGGGACUGAAAAGCAACACGUUGCUAACGACUAUGCUAGGAGACUGGCCAACGGCUGGGCACACUGCCAGGUGUUGGUCAGUAACACUCUAUCCUCUCUGAGUGGAUCAUCUGCUCCUCGUGUUUACUGUGAACACCUCAACAUCAGUGUGUGUCCCCUCACAGAGACCAGCAAGAAGUUCUCAGUGAACGUGUACAACCCUCUAGCUCGUCCAGUCAGUUGGCCAGUCAGACUGCCAGUCAACGGGACAGCCUACAGUAUCUCAGAUCCUAAGGGCAAGGCUGUGGACAGUCAGGUUGUCCCAGUGUCCCAGGCCACAGCGGCGGUGCGAAGGGGCAGGGGGUACGCUGUCAACGAGCUGUUGUUCCAGGUUCAGGCCCCUCCCCUGGGCUACAGCACCUACUCUGUCUCCCUGCUUCAGAACGGGCCUCCAUCUCCAGAGUCCUCUCCACUGCCCAGGGCUCCCAAGACUGUACAGAACAAGUUUCUCAGGGUGACCUUUGACCCAGAGACGGGUCUCCUCAGCAGCCUCAGUAACCUGGAGACACAACAGACUGUCAAACUGUCACAGAACUUCUACUGGUACAACGCCAGCGAUGGUAACAACUCAGAGAGUAUUCAGAUGUCAGGGGCCUACAUCUUCAGACCGAACACCUCUACCCCCUUCAUCAUCAGCAAGACGGCUAAGAUAGAAACACUACAGAAUUCCGUGGUGCAGGAGGUGAGACAGUGGUUCAGUCCCUGGGUCUCUCAGGUGGUCCGUCUCUACACAGACAGCAGGGCUCUAGAACUGGAGUGGACUGUAGGCCCGGUGCCUAUAGGUGAUGACCUGGGUAAAGAGGUGAUAAGUCGUCUAGACAGCAGCAUCAACUCCUCUGGUGUCUUCUACACAGACUCUAAUGGCAGAGAGGUGCUGCAGAGACGGAAAGACUACCGCCCCACGUGGAACCUGAGGCAGUCUGAGCCAAUUGCUGGCAACUACUAUCCAAUCAACUCUAGAGCUUACAUUAAGGAUGACAAGGACCAGCUGACUGUAGUGACGGACCGUUCUCAGGGAGGCGGCAGCAUUCAGGAUGGAUCACUGGAGAUCAUGCUCCACCGUAGGUUGCUGUACGAUGACGUCCGGGGUGUAGGUGAGCCCCUCAAUGAGACGUCUGACAUUUACCCAGAAGGCCUGGUGGUUCGUGGUCGCCUCCUCCUCUCCCUCAGCCCCCCUGCCACGGCCGCUGACACACACCGCCCCCUAGCACAGGAAGUGGUACUGCAGCCUCUCAUCACGUUCACCGACGGAGAGCUGCACCCUAGUACCAGGCUGGAGUUCUCUGGCCUACAGGCAGUGCUGCCCCCUGCUGUUCACCUGUUGACAGUGUCUCAGUGGGACCAGGACUCAGUGCUGCUCAGACUGGAGCAUCAGUACCAAGCCUCAGAGAGCAAGGAGCAUUCCCAGCCUGUUACUGUUAAUCUGCAGAAGCUGUUCUCCACUCUGGACGUGCUGGGCGUGUCCGAGAUGAACCUGUCAGCCAAUCAGUGGAAGGAUGAGAUGACGCGUCUGGACUGGAAGGCGGAGUCAGGUGAGAUGCCCCUGCCGAAGAGAGGGGGAGACCCCUCUGUGUGGGAGGUGAACCUCAAGCCCAUGGAGAUAUGCACCUUCCUGCUCCGUGUCAGGCAGAGAUAGUCAAUCACCAACCUCCAUUCCAGAACUAGCCAAUGACCAAUCAGCACUGCAGUAGCAAUCAACCAAUCCCUGUGGCUUAACAAUUAUGAACUCACUGCCUUGAUUGGAUGUAAAUAAUUUGGGGUCUGAGUACAUGAAGAUGAUGAACAGGAUUAUCAUGUUUCUUGUCAUAAUUCAGUUGACAGGAGUGGGUUUUAAAAACCUUCUAUAAAAGAGCUUGAAGCAUAAGAACAAUCCCUUUAUUGUAAUAUUACAGUGCCAAAACCACAACCUUCCAUUUCAAAGACAUUUUCCAGAACUACUUAUUGUUGAUAUGUUAGUGACCAACUAUUCACACACACCUGUUACCAAUAUAUAUUUUCUACAAUGCUGAGUGAAUAUUCUGUGCCAUAAGUGAUUUUUAUUUAUCUCGAAUGCGCCUUUCGUAAUUGAAUGCCUUUUUAAAAAUGAGUGGUUUAGGCUGCAUUUACACAGGCAGCCCAAUUAUGGGCAAAAGAUCCAAUCUGAUUGGUCAUAAGACCAAUUAGUGGCAAAAGAUCAGAAUUGAACUGCUUGUGUAAACACAGCUUUUGUGUUAAAUCAUAGUGAUCAAUGUGCAGCUGAUAUUAAACCCAGUGUGUAUUCACUCACCCAUUCCUCCACAUGAUUACAAUGGAAGUCAAAGCACAUAGGAAAUUAUACAAGUUGUUAUAAAAAUGAACCAUCAGUAAAAGCUA